ACCAUUCAGGCCUGAAAUUCUCUCAUUUCCUCACAUUCAGGUGUCUUUGGCUUCCUGCCAGGGUCUCCGAGGCCCUGCCAGGGCUUUGAGACAUCCAGGACAUCCAGAGAGAUGCUCUGGGUUCCGACAAAUAACAAAGCCUCAUGACUCUGAGUCUGACGCAGCUGCAUCUUUGAUCCUGAGGUGCAGCAGGAGGUCUGAGGCUGGUUGAGGCUGUUUUUCUUGUUGCCUGUGUCCACAAAAACCCAGUGAUGUCCUGAUGCUGCAGUACCAGCUUUGUCUUUAAAAAACACCUGCCUGCUGCCACUGGACCUUAUGCUGGACUUGGAGCAGCCGUUCCUGGUCUGUGAUAAGGACCAGCAGCCCCUCCCAGAUGGCCAGCCUGUGAGAUUGGAUGUAGGGGAGACCUGUCAUCUCUACGUCGCAUUUGACCCAGCUUUUGGACUGGAUUUGAAGAGCUGGAAGAAAGAAGGUUCUGAAGAUAGACAUGGUCAGGGGCCAACCUUUUGUGGAGCGUAUCACCCUUUGGGGAGAAGUGCACUUCCCAAAUCUCCAAAUCCAGCCCAGCACCCUGGAGUUUGGCUGCAUCCUGGCUGGCACUGAAGAAGUGCGCUCUCUGAAGAUGACCAACUGCAGCUCACUUCCCGCCCAGUACCACUGGUCAUUCCAUUCCAGCAGCCAGGUGAACAGGUUGAGAGAUGAGCUUCACCCACCUAAAUUCAAACCCCAGCCUCCAAGGGGGAAGAUAACCUGUUUGGAUCGCCGGGCAUCUCAAUGGAGACACUUCAGGAUUAGAAAGGAGGAGGCAGCCAGCACCUUGAAAGAAGUGCAGGAUUUAAACCAGUCUUUAGGAGUAGAGGCUUUCAGGAUCGUGCCACUGUCAGGUGUGCUGCAGCCAGGAGAGAGCCAGCAGGUCUCCUUCACCUUCUGUGGCCAUGCCAACACCAUCUCCAAUGUCACGGUGCUGUGCCACGUGGAGGGAGGCCCCAGCUACGAGGUGGUGCUGACCGGGGAGGCCUCACGUGCCAGCUACUCCCUGAGACAAAGCCUUAGAGAAGCUGAAGAAGGAAAAGAAGGGUGUCUCUGUGGGGAAGCAACAUCCAAAACCAGGGAGCGAGGAAACUAAUGCCCCAGGGAGGAAGAAAACCAGAAUCCCAGAGAGGAAACCAAAGUGCCAGGAAAAAAGGAAACCAAAGCCCCAAAGAAAGGGGAGCCUAAAGCCCCAGAGAAGGGGGAAGCUAAAGCCCCAAAGAAGGGGGGAACUGAAAUCCCAGAGGACCCAGCUGAGAUGGAGAAGAACUUGAUCUUGAGAUUUCAGAUGUAGGAGUCAUCACAGCAGAAUUUCUCCUACUGGGACAGGGUUCAGGGUACCGUGCAGUUACCUGACCCAAAAGGGAAACAAGUCCCAUCCUGCAGCUGGAAACAAAGGUCAGAAGACCAGUAAGCCUCAGGAGAAGGUGAGGAAACCUGAACAAAAAAGUGGAGACCAAAGGAUGUUGUUUUACCAUGCUUUCAUUGUAUUGGGUUGUAUAUUGGACUGUUCUGUUCUCCCCUCUGUUGCAAUGGCUGUGCUCUGGUUCUCUCCUCCCUCCCUGAAGUUGUCAGUCACCCUUCCUCCUCCCCUGUUACCGUGGUCACCAUUGUAUCUUUCCUCAAAUCCCUCCCCAGUGCCCUGUCCAUCACUCGGCGACCAUUCCCUUCUCUCCAGAACCUUCUACUAAGGGCAUCGAGUGAUUGGUUCAGGGGCUGGGGCCCCUCCCCAAGGUUGUCCCUAUUAGUUUCCCUUGGUGACAAUCUACCUUUCCCCGCUCCCCCCUGUGCUCCCAUUGGGCUAAAGACCCACUUCUCCCCUGUUUGCUCCCCUCCUUAUAAUCCCCUGCGUGGUGCCAG